AUGCAUGAUAUUCAUGGCACAGAGAAGGGAUGCUACGAUAGACUAAGAUGGUAUUGUCGUGUUAUUCGAGAAACAAAUCCUGGUAGUGUUGCUGAGUGCGAGAUUGAUCCCGUAACAUCUAAAUUCAAAUGGUCGUUGAUUUUUUUGGAUGAGCCUCGUAUAAAGAAUAAGUAUAAAGACUGUAUCUUAGUUGCUGUAUCGAAUGAUGCCAACGAUGAUCUUUUCACAAUUGGUUAUUCUAUAGUGGAUGCGGAGAAUGACGCAGUUGAGCAAUUAUUUGUAGGUAGUCACCAUUCCUAUUGUUUGAGGCAUUUAGUGGAUAAUUUUGUGAAGCGAGUGUUGCGAAGUUAUCAAAAACAUAACAAAAAGCACUGGUCUUCGGUAUUCAAGAAAGUUGCGUAUACUCCAUCUUUGCAAGAGCAUGAACAACAUAUAAACAAUAUCAUCGACUCCAUGCCACUUGCCAGAGUGUUUAUUGUACAAUCUCAUCCUCAAAGUUGGGCAAAUGCUUUGUUUCUUGGUGAUAGAUGGGGUGUUAUGAAUAAUAACAUAGCUGAGUGUUGGAAUAAUUGGGUUAAACUAGCUCAUUAUCUCCCUAUUGUGGCUAUGGUGGACCACAUACACAUGCAGAUCAUGAACAUAAUACACCGGUGA